GUGACUAAUAUUUCCAGAAGAGAGAUAUGUUAUUUCUUCCCUGCACAGCACUGCUGGAACUGUAAUCACGCUCCCUGCCCUCAACAUGCCUAGAACCAUUCUAAAAAGCACUUCCCAUCUUUGCUAAGGAAUUUGAAACAAAAGACAUUGUUUUACACAGGCCAGCGAUGUGGCUGUUUUUGGCAGUGGCGUGUUUAAUCCAACAGACAACAGAGUCAGAAGAAUUCCUAAGGAAACAGCACUUGAAUCCCCAAGAAUUCAUGACUAUUAAUGAAAUCAUUCAAUAUUGGAGAUACCCCAGUGAAGAGCAUGAGAUUUUGACAGAGGAUGGCUACUACUUGCAAGCAAACAGAAUUCCUUAUGGAAUGCACAGUUCUGGGAAGAGAGGUCCUAGGCCAGUUGUUUUACUGGUACAUGGUGUUUUGGGUGAAGGUAGGACCUGGAUUAUAAAUCCUCCCAAGAAUAGCCUGGGAUUUGCUCUAGCAGAUGCUGGCUAUGAUGUUUGGAUAAUAAAUACUAGAGGGAACAGCUGGUCUAGAAGACACAAGACUCUGUCAAUUGACCAAGAAGCAUUUUGGAAUUUCAGCUUCCAUGAAAUUGCAAUAUAUGAUAUUCCAGCAACAAUAAAUUUUAUCCUGCGGAAAACUAAGCAAGAAGGAUUGUAUUUUAUCGGCUACUCUCAGGGUGGGACACUUGGUUUAAUUGCCUUAUCACUCAGGCCACAGCUUGCUCAGAAAGUCAAGCUCUUCAUGACUUUGGCUCCUAUCUACACAUUUGUGGGCACCAGUGGACCUGCAGUGCUAAUUCUCAAUCUUCCUGAUGGAUUAAUGAAACUGAUAUGGGGGAAGAAAGAAUUUGUCUUUUUAAGUAACAAAUUGAAAACACUGAUGGCCAAGUUUUGUAGCUAUCCAGUAAUGGACGAGAUUUGCAUCCAAUUUAUGUUCCUUGGCUCCGGACGCAAUCCAAAUAACUUAAACGUGACCCGAAUAGAUGCGUAUUUUGGAAUUAUUCCUGAUUAUGGUUCUGUAAAAAACAUGAUCCACUUGGCCCAGGUUUUUAAAUCAAGAGAACUGAAAUAUUUUGACUAUGGCAGUAAGAACAAAGCUAUAUACAAUACGACCACUCCUCCAUUCUAUCAAAUCGAAGACAUGGUUGUGCCAACUGCUGUGUGGGAUGGUGGACAUGAUAUUGUAAUAAACAGAAAGGACAUCCAGCUGUUGCUUCCUCGAAUCUCUAAUUUAGUUUUCCAUAAGAAUAUUCCUGAAUGGCAGCAUGGCGAUUUUUUAUGGGGUCUGGAUCCUCCAAAGAAACUAUACCCUGAUAUAUUCUAUCUUAUGCAGAAGUACAAAUAAAAUGUUAUGAAAGUCACUAACUGCUUAUAUUCCCUGUGAUUGUAGACACUGCAUUGGGUCUGUAUGACUUGAUUUUAUGGUCAAUUUGUUAACUGAUUCUUGUUUCUAUUACCUAUUGCUCGUCAUCUAAUAAAAUCUACCUUUUGGCAUUGA